AAAAGAAGCUCGAAGAACACGGUUUGGGCGAAGGCUUUGGACCUUAUGGUCGCAAGGAGGGGGCGAGGAGGGAACAGAAGGAAACCAUAGCGAUGGGGGAGAAGGCUAGAGUCAAAGCAUCACCCAGUCGUAGCCCUACGUGGAACUCCCGAGGCAAACCAGAAUAUUUUCUCCUCCCCCCUCCCUUUUAAUUUCCCAUUGCCCAAUCCAGAGGGAGGGAGGCUUUUUGUACGGUCCAAAUGCCUAGAGUGACACAAAAAUGCUAAAAGGGAGGGGAGCCACCCAUCUUGUUUUUUAAAGCCACUGGGAAGAGCUCUUGGGUCGCCCCAGCUUUGGCCAGCAACAUAGACACAUCGCGUCCUAGAGCGGCGUCCCGCCAUGUCGCUGCUCGGCGCCAGUCCUCCCUUUGCACUCUAUGGAAAGUGAGAACUCGGAGGGGCGGGGUCAGCUGGGAAACGAGAGGCGCGCACGUCUCCCGUCAGGUGACAGAUCAGCUGACCUCCGGCCAGGGUUGGUUCGUGGCGAGCGGGCUGCGGGAGGGUCGAGGGUGCGGCGGGACAGGCGGAGGGGGCCGGCAGGAGCUGCAGGAGGGCGCCGCGACUUGGAGCCGACGUGUUACUGCCAGGCCAGCCAUGGCUAGUCAGUCGCAGGGCAUCCAGCAGCUGCUGCAGGCCGAGAAGAGGGCAGCCGAGAAGGUCGCCGAGGCCCGCAAGAGGAAGAAUCGGAGACUGAAACAAGCGAAAGAAGAAGCCCAGGCUGAAAUUGAACAGUAUCGCAUGCAGAGGGAGAAGGAAUUCAAAGCAAAGGAAGCUGCGGCUCUUGGCUCCCAUGGCAGCUCGACCACCGAGGUGGAAAAGGACACCCAGGAGAAGAUGACUGUCCUCCAGAACAACUUCCAAAAGAACAGGGAGGAGGUCCUGUCUGCCCUGCUGAACUUUGUCUUUGACAUAAAACCAGAGAUCCACGAAAACUACCGCAUUAAUGGAUAAGAGGAGCACCUUGGCCUUCAGGAAAUAUUCAGCAAUAUCAACUCUGUGUCUGUCAGUACUCUUAGCUGGGCUGGCUUGUUUGUUUGUUUUUUUGUAAAAGUUCUUAACUUAUUUCCAAAAAAGGGUUGUAGAUAAUCUUUCCACUGAAAUCUUUCACUAACCCGUUUGUACCAUUUUUUGUGGAGUAUAUCCAAAGAUAGCCUAGUUCUGUCUGUCCCUAAAGUGCAUUAUGGUGGAAAUUCAAAGUGGCAAGUGAAGAGUGGGUGGCUUCUUAUAAGUAUUAAACUUGAUAUUCUGUGCCCAAGAAGUAUUUUUGGAGUUGAGAAUGACAAAGUCUGUUGGGCUUUUCUUACCUCUUUGUAUACCUCUUAACUUGUGAUGAUGUGAGACCUGAAUCCUUUGACAAAUAGUAACCCAUCCAACAUCUGUAGAGAGAACUGGAGUUUGUAUUUAAGGCUGAAUAUCUUACCAUAGAGACUAGAGCCCAGAGAGAAAUCAUUUUGUGCAGUAGUGGAAGAUUUUGAAGUAGGUUCUGUUUAACCAAUCAUAGUCUGUAUCCUCCUGUUUAACUUGAACUAGAUGCCUAACCUCAGAGGUGCUUAAAGUAAAGCUCUUAUUUAACCCAGA